AUGGUGAAACGUGAGCCAGUGGUGAUCACUGGCUUUGAGAUUGACAAUGACCCCCAUCUCUUCAAAAGCCCCAGUCAGAAUCUCACCAUACAGAGCAUUCUGCUCGCCGAAAUCCUCGUCAAUUUUCACAAGGAUACACGGACCAGAAGAACAAAAGCAAUACUUGUAGUUAAUAACUAUUUCACUAUCCACAUCAUGAAUUUUCACAAGAACAAUAAAUUCCCAUUGAGUACAUCCAUUCAAGAAGCUCUAACCGGAGCUCCCUCUCUGACUCUCUCCGCCCUGUGCGGGGGCACUGGCGGCUCACAGCUCCUGCCGAGUGGGGUUGCCUCUGAUCUCUGUCUCGCUGCGAGUCUCCCAUCGCCCGCUCGACUGCUCCUCUUAGUCACCGGCUGCUGCCUGCUCCUCAACGCUACGGUGAUGGCUUGCGGACCGGGCAGGGGCUACGGCAGCAGGAGGAGGCACAACCGCAAGCUCACCCCGCUCUCCUACAAGCAGUUCAUCCCCAACGUGGCCGAGAAGACCCUGGGGGCCAGCGGCAAGUCCGAGACCAAGAUCAACAGGAACGCGUCCCGCUUCAAGGAGCUGAUCCCCAAUUACAACCCGGACAUCAUCUUCAAGGACGAGGAGAAAUCCGGCGCGGACAGGCUCAUGACCCAGCGCUGUAAAGAUAAGCUGAAUGCUCUGGCUAUCUCUGUCAUGAACCAGUGGCCAGGAGUGAGGCUGAGAGUGACAGAAGGCUGGGAUGAGGAUGGCCACCACUCUGUGGAAUCUUUACACUACGAGGGCCGAGCUGUGGAUAUCACCACCUCAGACCGGGAUCGCUCGAAGUAUGGGAUGCUGGCUCGCCUGGCAGUUGAAGCAGGAUUUGACUGGGUCUAUUACGAGUCCAAAGCUCAUAUCCACUGUUCAGUCAAAUCAGAUCAUUCCAUGGCGGCAAAGACUGGAGGUUGUUUCUCAGGAAACGCCAGUGUGCUGAUGGAGGACGGGAGGAGGAAGAGGGUGUCUGACCUCCAGCCUGGAGACCGGGUACAGACUGUGGACCACGGCGGUGACAUUAUUUUCAGCACCUUCAUGACCUUUCUGGAUUGGGACCCCAGGGCGGUGAAGGUAUUCCACCUGCUCGAGACCCAGAAUCCUCCUCGGAGACUCCUUCUGACCGCCGCCCACUUGGUGUUCGUGGCCGAUAACUUCACGUCGGACUUGGGGAAAUUCAGACCAACCUUUGCCAGCGACGUGAGGGUCGGGCAGUACGUGUAUGCGGUGAACAGUUCAGGCCGGCAGCCUGCGCAGGUGACUGGAAUCUCAUUGCAGACAGUUGUGGGUGCCUAUGCCCCCUUGACCCAGCAUGGCACACUGGUCGUGAAUGGUGUGCUGGCCUCCUGCUUCGCAGCAAUCGACGGGCACGGAUUGGCACAGCUGGCCUUUGCCCCAUUGCGCCUCUGCUACCAACUGACCUCAAUCUUCGGUGGGUGCCCGUCCCGUCAGGAGGGCCUGCACUGGUACUCCCAGUUCCUGUACCGACUGGGCAGGCUCCUCCUCAGCGCCGAGUAUUUUCACCCAUGGGGCAUGGCACAGGGCUGA